AUGGCCACCCACCUCGCCGCUGUCUCCCCAGCCAAAGGCCAGCCCUUUGAGGUUCAACCCCGGCCAACCCCAAAGCCAGGACCAGACGAGCUCCUCAUCGCCGUCAAAUCCGUAGCCCUCAACCCGGCAGACGCCUACAUGCGUGACCAAGGCCUCUUCAUACCCGCGUACCCCACGGUCAUUGGCUUCGACAUGGCGGGCUUAGUCCUCGAGGCCGGCGAAAACGUCCCCACCGGUGCUACGGACAAUCGUCCGGGCCCCUCCUUUCAACCGGGUAUCACCCGUGUCGCCGCCUACGCCGCUUCUUACUGGAAGGCCUGCGACCCAGACUACGGCGCAUUUCAGGAGCGCUGCCUCGUCCCGUGGCAGCAUACUGUGCCACUUCCGGACGAGGGCAUCUCCUGGAACGACGCGGCAACCUUGCCCGUCGCUGUCGAGGUAGCCCUUAAUGCGUGGGAUGCCAUGGGGAUCCCCCGGGCGGGAGCCGGAGAAGCCACUGCUUCUGCUCCAGUCUCCGCUGGCGCUGCCGUUACCGAUACUGACACCAACAGAGAGAAGCAAAGGAAUAACGUGGGGAAAAGAGAAGCUCUCCUAAUCUGGGGCGCCUCCUCUAGCGUCGGCACCAUGGGCGUACAGACAGCCCGGCUGCUGCGGGAUGAUCCCAACACUUCUUUCGCAGCCGUGUACGCCACAGCCGGAUCGGCGAAUAUGCCUUAUGUAGCUUCGCUCGGCGCGGAUCGCGUGUUCGACUACAAAGACUCACAUGUUGUGGAUGCGAUCGUCUCAGCGGCCAAGGAGGACGGGUUGGUGAUCCGUCAUUGUUUUCUUGCUACCGGGCAGCUUGCACUAUGUCAGGCUGUGCUGAAGGCAUUCCUUGAAGAAGAUCAAGAAGGAAAGACGGCGAAGAUCGGGUCGGCACCCGUGGUUCCUCCGGAUGCGGAGGUCGUGAACGGGGUGGAGACGAUAUUUGUGGUGCCGUCGACGGUGGAAGAGGAGAGGCUGGAGCAGUUCCGAUACUGGAUUGGGACGUGGCUAAGGGAGAACCUGGCUAAGAGAAGCAUCAGGCCGAGUCCGCAGCCGACCGUUGUGGGAAAGGGCUUGGGGGCUAUCAAUGCCGGGUUGGACAAACUGCUUCGGGGGGUGAGUUGUACGAAGUUGAUUGUUGAGGUUGCGGAGUAA